UAGAAGUGGAAAAGGAAUGUAGGUAGACGGCGUUACGCGUCGCUUUCUACAACACGACACACCAAGUCGGCGAGUGCGGCGCACCACUGUCGCUUGUUUCCACAGCAGGUUUCUGUCCGAAAAUAUUUCCUGCAAAUUCUCCUUAUACUAAGAGUAUACCAAACCAACAACCUCAAAACACAAAAUGGCUGUCUUGUCAAUACUCCUCCUUUCUCUUCUCUUCUCUGUCUCCCACCAGCAACCUCAUUUGGACUCCUCCGAACAAGAAUCAGUGUACCAGAUUCUUCACUCCCUCAACCCCACCAUUCCCUGGCGCAACCUCUUCCCCGACGACCUCUGCCUCUCCGCCCCGCACGGCGUUGUUUGCGACUACCCCACGCAACUCAACCAAACGCCCCACAUUGUCGAACUAAGCUUCGGCUACGUUUCCGAUGAAACCCCCAACCCUCCUUGCUCCCCCAAUGCCACCCUCCACUUUCAUCUCUUCAACUCCUUCCCCUACCUCCGCAAACUCUUCUUCUAUAACUGCUUCAACCACACCCCUCUUUCUCUCUCUCCCUCCUUCUCUCUCCCUUCCUCCCUCCAGGAACUUGUUUUCAUCAACAACCCCUCUUUCAUUUCACCCCUCGCUUCUCUCCUUCAAAACCUCACCUCUCUCCGCAGACUUAUCCUCAUCGGAAACGCUUUUCACGGCCACCUCCCCUCUCAGAUUCCUGCCUUCCUCAACUUGGAAGAGCUUACUCUCUCAAGAAACAACCUUAGCGGUCAAAUUCCUUCCACUUUCGGCCUCCUCAAUCAACUCAAACUUCUUGAUCUCAGCGGGAACAACUUUCAAGCUUGUUUACCAGACUCGCUUGGGAAUCUCUCUCGGCUUUUGAAGCUUGAUUUGAGCUUCAACGCUUUUGGUUGCAGAAUCCCCGAGAGUUUAAGAGGCUUGCGGAGUUUGGAGUUUUUGGAUUUAAGCUUCAACCGUUUGGGCAGUUUCGGCGUGCCUUUGUUUCUGGGGGAGCUCCCAACGUUGAAGGAAGUGUAUCUGAGUGGGAAUUCUCUCUCCGGGGCGAUUCCGGAAAUAUGGGAAAAUCUGGGGGGUGUUCAGAGAUUGGGGCUUUCGGAGAUGGGUCUGGUGGGUAGCAUCCCUGUUUCGAUGGGGGUAUAUUUGAAAAAUUUGUCCUAUCUUGGGCUUGAUAACAACAACCUUGAAGGGCCUGUGCCCUUUGGGCUUUUGGAGUAUGGUGGUGAGAUAAACUUGGAGAACAACAAUUUGAGUGGGAGAGUGAGAUUAUCAACAAGAGUAGGACAAAAGCUGAAGCUGAAGGUGGGAGGGAACAGAGGGCUAUGUUUGGACAAUAUAAUGGACAAGAAAACUGAUGUUCCUGAUGCUGUCGUUUUCAGUGGGGCUUCUUCUCUGCUGUGGUUUGAUUCCCUUUUCCUUUUUAGCUUUGGGGUGCUUGUCUUCACGGGAUUUUGAGGAUGUUUUCCGUUGGUUCCCAAAAGGACAAAUCCUUUUUGUCUCUUUAGUUACACUUUAAGGAGAAAGUUAGUUCUUUUUUACCACUAAUAAACAACAAAAACAUU